CCCGGGAGCAUUGGACGUCAACUUGGAAUUGCCUUUUGCGGUAGGUGAACCGUGGACCUUCCUUCACCGAGCUACGCCGUACGCAUGGAGACAGAUCAAUAAGGUACUCCUGCACACCGCACCUCUGCUUGACCGUAUCAAUGCUAUUCAGUCACCAUUCACCUAAGCCCGGCACAACUCUGAGUGAGGCAAAACUUGUUGAGGUGAACGUUGCAUUUUCGGCCUGUCACGUGCCGUGGCUUCACAAAGUCUCAAGAGAGGAAGGAGCAACGCGCCGCGCCGACGAUCAACGAUCAUGCUGAGCUUACCAUCAACAAGACCGCGACCCCGCAUCACUUGGCCUCGCUGAGGACUUGCCUCCUUCAAGCGCACCGGCAACAUGAAGAUCGCAACAUUGUUGGGCACGUUGUCUAUAGCGGUGAGCCUGGUGGGCGCCGCGGCCAAUGGCACCAAGUGUGUCAUGUACCUGACGGGUCAGCAUGUUGUGUUUCCUCCCAAGAACCUCGCCUCUUCCAUCACCCACGUCAUCAUGGCCUUCCUACGCUCUGAUGUGUUCCUACCCGAGGAACCGCCAGAGGAGUACCCUUUGUUCAUGCCUGUCGAGGAGGUGCGAACCCAUUUUGAGUCGGACACCAAGGUCACCGUUGCCAUCGGUGGCUGGGGCGAUAACGACGGGUGGCAGGUUGCUGCACGCACGCGCGAGUCGAGGAAGAAGUGGGCUGAGCAGGUCAAGGUCAUGGUCGACAGGACGGGCGCCGACGGCAUCGACAUUGACUGGGAGUAUCCGGGUGGCAACCGCGACGACUACAAAGAAGUCCACAACUCGGAGCGCGUUUGGGAAAUCGAAGCUUUUGUGAAGCUCCUGCAGCAGCUGCGCAGAACACUGGGCAAGAAUAAGCUCCUCACCGUUGCGACGCCUGGUCAAGAAGUCGACCUCAUUGCCUAUACGCACAAGACCGUCCCCCGCAUCAUCCAGGAAGUCGACUUCAUCAACGUGAUGACAUAUGAUCUCAUGACACGCCGUUACAACACCACCAACCACCACUCGGGCAUCCAGCAGUCGCGCGACUCCAUCCAGCGAUACAUGGACCGCGGCGCACCCGCCGAGAUGCUCAACUUGGGCUUGGGCUACUACGUCAAGUGGUUCUACACCACGGACGAGUGCUCGCCCGAGGACCCCAUCGGCUGCCCGACACUCUUGCUCGAGGACCCAAAGACGGGCGCGGAUCUAGGCAGGACAGGAGGCUUCAGUUGGCACGAUGAAGUCCCUGAGGACGUUGUCGACUCCUUCGCACGUGCGCAAGCAGACGGCAUCUACACCGAGGACGGCAGCUAUGGGUACUGGGACGAAAAGGAGCUGCUGUGGUGGACGUUUGACACUCCCAAGUCCAUUGCUCAAAAGAUGUACGAGCUCGUCCAUGGGAUGGAGCUCGGAGGGGUCUUCGCUUGGGGGCUGGGCGAAGACGCCCCGGCAUGGAGCCAUCUCACAGCGACAGUUGAGGGGUUAGAGUGUGAGGAAAAGGAGGAACUGUGA